AUGGAUUGCAAAAACGAUGGAUUCCCCUCGACUUUGGCAAAAGCGUUGCCUCAUCCGCCUCCGCUGCCUUCACAUCUCACCACAAGGUUUCAUCAGAAGGGCUUCAAGAUCAACGGGUCGAGAAUCAAAGACCAUUGCUUAUGUGUUUCUAACACCGCCAAUAGUUCGUGGGACCGCCUUUUCGACGAGGCUUACAGAGCGGAUGUCUCUAUCUCAACGGAUGGUGGCGGUGUGAUUUACGCACAUGCGAGUGUUCUCGGUGUUGUUUCGCCAGUUUUGAAGUCCAUGUUGAACAAAUCUAAAGGACAGGGUCGUAACCGUUUGAAAUCAAUCUCGAUUGGUGGAGUUCCAACUGAGGCGGUUCGAGUUUUCAUCAGAUUCUUGUAUUCCUCAAGCUAUGAAGAGGAAAGCAUGAGAAACUUCGCGCUGCCCCUUUUGGUGCUGGCUCAUGCAUAUGUGGUCCCACAGCUGAAGCGAGUGUGUGAGUGCUGGCUCGAGCACAGGUUCCUGACCACGGAAAAUGCAGUCGACGUAUUCCAGCUGGCUUUGCUGUGCGAUGCCCCUCGACUCAGCUUCGUCUGCCACCGCUUCAUCCUCACCAACUUCAAGGCUGUGUCGGCCACCAACGGGUGGAGGGACAUGAAAUCUAGUCACCCCAUUCUUGACCGAGAAAUCCGCGCCUCCAUCAUUGACGAGGAUGUUACGAAGAAGGAAAGGAUGAGGAAGAGAGAGGAGAGGAAGAUAUACGUGCAGCUGUACGAGGCAAUGGAGGCACUGGUGCAUAUAUGUAGGGAUGGGUGCCGAACGAUCGGGCCCCACGAUAAGAGCCCGAGGGAGAGUCACGGCCCGUGCGCAUACGCGGCCUGCAAGGGGCUCGAGAGGCUCAUCCGCCAUUUUGCCGAGUGUAUGAUGAGGCGUCAGGGAGGGUGCGUGCACUGCAAGCGGAUGUGGCAGAUUCUCGAUUUGCAUUCUCGGCUUUGUGUCGACUCGGAUGCCUGUAGAGUGCCCUUGUGCAGGAAAUUUAGGCAGAGGAGAAGGCAACAGAGCAAGAAGGAAGAUAUAACAUGGAGAAUUUUGGUGAAGAAGAUUGUGAGAUCAAGGAGCAUCACUGGUGCACCAUUCUUUACGCUGGAAUCAAUUUAA